CGUUCAGAAUUUUCAUUCCUCAGUUCAUUCCGGGCACUUGUUAUGGUUGGUUGUACCGUUUGAGCAGUGUGCAUGUGAGGUUCUACUCGUUCUGUUCAAGGGAUAGAAGGCUUAUUAGAACUAAGUCAGUGAGAACGACGGGAAACACUGGUUGUGCAAGAGGAAAGGAUUGAGUUUUCCGCUGUGGAAUCAUUCCGGUAGGGAAAUAGGUUUUCCCUUCUCUUACGAAGCAUAAACAGUGGGUGGCGAGGUCGCACAGGAAGAGAAUUGUUUGUUACGAGCUGAGAACUGUGUCCAAGGUGCCUUGACUGUCCCGGUUCAAAGGUCAUAGAAUCCAUAAGCUGAUUGAACGAUGCAUGGAGAUGCCCGGUGGUUACUUCGUAUCUGUUAAACGCAUGGAUACACAGAUCUGAUGUGCGAAUUGCCUGCUGUUAUGACCAGAUCUAGCGGCCAUUUAUUAUUCGUUCGUUUUCGCGAAUUUGUGGCAGCUGUACGUUCACUGUAGUGGUACCUAUCUGCGCCCACAAAAAAAGAUUCGCGAAAGGAGAGCAAAAUAGAAGGCGAGAGUGCGAUGAGUGUUUAGUUCAUGGGAAAGUUAGAGUACUAGAUGGUAUAGGUCGGGCUGGGGCGUGAAAGGCGGAAAGCUCGAAGGGAGUGAGUUUGGGCCGUCUAAUAAAAAUAAUACAUAAUCGUGCGAGGGAGAAAUAAGAAGAGAGUGUACAUCUGUGUUGAGGCAAAUCGCGCGAUAAGAAACGCGUCAAGUGUCUGUCCAGGUUUGUUUACAGUUUUUUGCGCUUUGGCCUUUUCAAGAGGGAGCACCCAGCGCGUGCAUGUCUGCGCCAGUGUAUUUUUAUUUCAUGCAGCCAGAACGGGAAUCGCUUAAGUGGUUGACAAUCUGAGGGUGAAGGGCGGAAAAUAUUGCGAGGAAAAUCAAGCAAAGUGUAUCGCCUUACGAGAAACUCAGAAACGUGUGACGAAUUUCGAACGUGUGUAACGUUUUUCCGAGAAAAUAUGUGCACAAAACGAAAAUAUUUGUUAUUUUGAUAGCACGUUUCUGCCAGGGAAAAAAGGGGAAAAAGAAACGACCAGACACCGAUAGAUUGUCACUCUCGCAAAUUUAUCGCUGACCCGUUUCGCCAAAGUAUAAUGAGCAUCUUGUGAGUGAGUUUGAAGAGUCGGUUCAACGUUUGUGAAGAAAUUCAAAAAGAAAAUGCAUCGCUCACGUGGAUUAGCCUGCAGCCAGAAGAUGUCGUGGGUGGCGAUCCUGUUUUGCGUGUUUGCCUUCGCGUUCGAGCUGGGACCCACCGGAGUGGACACCAAGAGUGUCGAGCAGCAGGAACUACCCAACUGUGAUCACGUUAGCAGUUUCUUCUCGUCGAUCAACGUAACAAUCCAGCCGGCAAACAAAAAUCAAGGCAAUGUUUGCGGUGGGUCCUGCUGUGAUAACCAAGUGGAAAGUCAGCUGGAAGCGAAGGCGACGAAAAACUUCGAACGACUAGUCAAACAUCACACCCGUAGCCAGCGGGGGCACUGGGAGCAGACUGCCGACAUGUAUCGGGAUUACCUGUUGCAGCUCUCCCAUCAAUCCGAGAAUAAGACGCUCAACUUGUUCUCAACCGUAUACCAAAAGAUGUCCCCACUGUCGCGGGACCCCAUCAAGGAGCUGUACGGCACCAUUCGGAAUCACCUGACGUCGACGUCGCACUCCGACGAUCUGGAGCUAGUCACCGACAAAUUCUUCCGGGAUCUGUUCCCGGUGGCAUAUCACCACAUGGUGGUCCACGCCGACAAAGAUGUGGAUUUCCAUAAGGAUUAUAAAAAUUGUCUCACGCACACGUACGACGAAUUGAAGCCUUUCGGCACCAUUCCACAGACACUGUCCAGUUCGUUGGUGGCCAGUGUCAGUGCGGCUAGCGUGCUGUUACGAGUGCUGCGGGAAGGGGCUGAAGUACUCAACAAACUGGACGACCUGGGAACGGAAAACCUACAGCCGUCCUGCAAAGCAGCCCUGCUGAAAAUGAAUUACUGUGCUACCUGUAAGGGACGUAACCAUAACCACGCGAAACCUUGCGCUGGUUUGUGCAAAAAUGUUAUGAGGGGAUGUCUGAUGCAGUACAUUGGAGUUCUGAAUCAGUAUUGGUACACAUUCACUGAAGCCAUCCUUCCUCUCAUAAAUACAGUUCGCUCGGCCGAUGGAAUCGAAUCCGAGAUCAAAGCCCUGGAUGCAAAGCUGUCCAAUGCCAUUAUGCAUGCGAUGGAAAAUGGGCCCCAGCUCGAAUUGAAGGUCAAGAAGGCGUGCGGAAUGCCCUCGCUAAUGCACACCGAUGCGCUGGCCGGGGCGUACGAAGCAACGGCGCCCAACGCACUGAUGCAGCACAACAAGUGGAUCCUGGCGCCGAACAACGAAAUGCUACAGUUCGAGAUGACCAUCGACAAGAAUAAGGAUCUGUUCAUGCAGCUGUCCUCGACACUCUGCGACGAUGAAGAGUACCACAACAAAAACGAGGACUGCUGGACCGGUACCCACUACGGAGAUUAUACACACGAUACUGCACCCACAAUGUCGCAGAAAUACAACCCUGAAGUGCCAUACAGUAGCAGCAGCGAGCAGUCCUUGCAAGACAGUCGGUUACGUUUGUUGAUCGAUACGUUGAUCAACUUGAAGAACGCUGCAACGAAGGCGAUUUCCAGCAUCGCCUUCAAAAAUGACCCUGAAAAAAUGCUAGCUGAUAUGGCGGAAGGUUCUGGCGACCAUUACAGGGAAGACUACGACUCCCACGAAGAUGAUGAGUACGCAGAGAACGGUUCUGGAUCAGGAGAUGGUCAAGGCGAAGUCCGGGUGGAAGUUGAUUCCAGCAAUAUCACACCAACGACUGACAAACCAAGUAAUUCCAACCGAAUCUCAACAUCGAGUAUACUGCUGACAUACUCGGUGGUGCUGCUGGCAGUGCUAUUCGGCUCCAGCAGUCACUAAUGCACCACCUCCGGUGCUACCAGGCAAUAAUGAGCCACUCCUCGCCCUGGAGGGCACGCUUUUUCGUACUCGUUGUCUUCUUUCGUCUCAUUAACUACUUCAUUCAGGAAAAUCGCGCAGAAAACCACACGCACAUGUCCUUUCACCCAGGUGUAUACUCCGGUGCGAAGGUAGUGCGUGUUUGUGUUCGCUUACGCGUUAAAGUCAAACCGUAGGAUUGUAAAGUUAUAAGUAGUUUACUAGGAAAUAACAAAUCUAUUCGUAUAGCACUGAUGUAAAUCAAUUGUACAUGCAUGCGCCCCUGGUUGUCAGCCAGAGAGGGCUAAUAUGGGGGAAAGCCUUUGAAUGCAUUCCGCAUUUGAAUGUGUUUCCGAAAUAUGAUUUCAAUCAACCGCGAAUCCUAAACUAACGAACGCAGAAAGCAAAAGAAAGCUCAAGCAAUAACUUGAUACUCUUCGUUCUAGUUACUCAAAACAUUCGUGAAAACAAGUAUACUAAAGCUGCUUGCGUCUCUAAAUUGUUUUAUUUUUCGUUCUUUCAUUUAGUGUAAUGAGUCACAAAUUGUAAAAGUGUACAAAUUUUACCAAGCAUAGAAAGCAAAACCAAUAAUUCUAAUCUCAUUUAAACCCUACUUGCUGAGGAGCUAAGUUAGGUGCUUUAGGCCAAGAAGAAAGCUUAAUUUAAUUAACUAAAAUCCCCGCUUAUUAGAUUAACGAACAAGUAACGCAUUCAGAACAACCAUGUCGCCAUAUUUAAUUAAACGAUAACACACAAUACCCUUAGUUAGGUAACGAACGCAAUCAGAUAUCAGUCCCGAUAAACCCAUAUACUUUUUAAAACGUCGUACUGAGCAAUAUAACAGCUGCAUAUAGUUUAACCAAUCCCUUCCUGUUUUCCCUCUUGUUGUUCCCAAUUGCACUCUAAUCAGCAAAGUUUAACCGUAGUUAGAAGACUUUUCAAUUAAAUAAACCAGAGCAACUCUUUAAAUUUUCAGUUUAUGAGAUAAAAAAAAUCUAUGCUAGUGGACCCAAUUGUAAAUACUCCCCGAUUCUAUUCGUGCUAAGCUAGAGCGAGUGAUGGUAUGAUUCGAAAUGAAAAUAAAACUUUGCUAGUUAACACACGCUAGUUAUGUAUAAACAAGAAAGUCGAACGCGCACCCAACCAAAAAUGAGUUGGGUGGCUGAGUCAUUCGAUAAAAAUGGAAGUGUGGAGCCUAAAAGGAAGCCCAUUUUCAUUUUAACCAAAAAAAAUAAGACAUUCAGAGGGAUAACUCGCUAUUGUCGACGUAAAAAGUAUUAAUAUAUGGUGCCCGGUGCUCCUAGCGUUUACUUUUUGCUGCACAUUUUUUGACCCCAAAAAAAAUACAAACCUAUAUUGUACUGAAUGUGAGGCUUCCUAAUUCUAUCGUAUUUUUCAUAUGAUUUCUGCUAGAACCAAUGUCUUGUUUCAUAUCUGAUUCAUUAUCAAUUUGAAUUGGGAAUAAAACUAUAAAUCGAAAUUCAAAUCCGCUUUUAAACGGAAGCCUCACUAUUUCAAAGUUAGUUAAAUGAAUUGAAGAUUACUUAUUUGGUAUGCUUUUGAUCUAUUUUAAAUUCAAUCGAAAACUAAGAUCUUGGAAUUGUUUCAAAUCAGAGAUAUCAAUUUUGUUCUAAUGUAUUGAAAUAUCUUCCAAAUGAUGUCAUGUUUAUGUUCCGAUUGCAAUCAAUAUCUGGAAAAAAAUUUCCUAAAUAAAAAGUUUGAAUUGGGUGGCUACUCCGAUUCCAUUAUCAUCAAAACGAG